AUCUUCCUUCUUCCCAACGAGACACAAUGGCGACUGGAGACUUCCGCAACCUCGAUGUGGAGACCAUGAUCGACGACCACUUUGUGGCCGAGGAGACGACCGACGUUGCCGAGGUCAUGGCCCGUGUUGAGGCCAAGGAGGCCGAGAUCAACUCGAUGCUCUCGCGUGGUGACCAUGCUGGUGCUCUCGCUGCGGCUAUGGACCAGCCGCCCACAGACACCACCGAUGCUGACGUCCGCCAGCGGUUUGGCCUCCUGGUGGCCUCGAUCCUGGGUGGCGUUCGCGACUCGGAGAUCGAGACGGCCGUCAACUCGUUCAGCCCGGAUGAGCAGGACUUGCUGAUGAAGUUUGUCUACCGUGGCAUGGCUGUCGGUACCGAGUCUGGCAAGCUCCUCAAGUGGCAUGCCGCUCUGUUCAAGGCCUGCGGUCACGGCGCCAUCGUCCGCGCCCUCUCGGACCGCGCCUCCGUCUAAGUCGAAUGGCAUGAUGUGCCUGGCUUGGCUGCCUGCUGGCUUGCCGCAGCUCGCCCUCUCUCUCUCUCCACUGCUCUCCUCAUGCGGGAUGGCCGCGCGUUCGUCUGGGCCUGCGCCCGGCGCCGCGCUUCUCCCUCUCCUCGCCCCCCCCCUCCCCUGUUCCCUCUCGGCCCGGCGACUCUGCCGCUGCCGAUACUGCGCC